UCUUACAUUUUUGUAUUUUAAACUUUUAUUUGCUUUCAAUUUCCUUUGCCUCUCGCAUUUCUCUCAAGCCUACCCUUUUUUGUGCUGUGUUUUGCUGUUGGGACUGUGGGUGAAAGCUUAGAUAUGGCAGCAGAAGUGAGUAGUUCAUUGGUGAGGGUAUUGAAUGGGCACAUAGAAGAACAGCCUCAGAUUCAUGCUGGGAAUUCAGAUAUUUUGAUGACAAAAGACUUGCUGGGAAGUUUGUCAAAGGCUGCAACCAAAGAAAUAGAUCUUGAAUUCAAGCCAGGGAAAGUACAGACCCAAAGAUGCAACUCAUUACCAAAGUCACCAUUAUCAGCAUCGGCAUCAGCAUCUUCUUCUCCAGAUGGAAAGAACAAGAAUCAAUUACCAAAUUCGAUUCAAGAAUCCAAGCUUCAAGACUUGAACUUCCCCCCAAUUAACUUCUUUGAAGACAUGACUUCCCUGGACUUAAAGCUCCAGUCUUCAAGUCCAAGCCCUUACCAAAGUGUCUGUACUCUUGACAAGGUCAAACACGCCCUGGAAAGAGCAGAAAAAGAAACCAUGAAAAAGCGUUCAUCAUCACCACCUUCAUUGCCUGCUGCAACAUCUUCAUCAACACCGAGAAUGUUCGCAGCCGCAUGCCCUGGUUGCUUGCUGUACGUGAUAGCUUCCAAGACAAAUCCCAGGUGCCCUCGCUGCAAUGCAUUUGUUCCAUCUACCUUGGCUGUGAAGAAGCCUAGGAUUGAUCUCAAUGCAUUAUUUUAAUCCUUUUUCUUUUCUCUCUUUAUGAACAUUGAUUGGAGAUAAAUUGUAACUCUAUAAUGAAAUAUUUUGAUUCUUGUAAAUUGAAAAAUACAGGUUUUGAUUUCUGCUUACUGGGAAAUAUAUAGAAACUUUAGAUCUCGUGGUCUUA